GGUGUGCGCCGGCCGCCGGCUGUGCGGGAGAUCCCGGGAGCGCGCCGCCGCGCGGGCCGCCGCGGCCGAGGAGGGUGCGCGGCGCCCCCGCCCGGCCAUGGCCCCCGCCCGGGGCCGCCUGUCUCCCGCGCUCUGGGUCGUCACGGCGGCGGCGGCCACCUGCGUGUCUGCGGCGCGCGGCGAAGUGAACUUGCUGGACACAUCGACCAUCCAUGGGGACUGGGGCUGGCUUACAUAUCCGGCUCAUGGGUGGGACUCCAUCAAUGAAGUGGAUGAGUCUUUCCAGCCCAUCCACACCUAUCAGGUGUGCAACGUCAUGAUCCCCAACCAGAACAACUGGCUGCGCACCAACUGGGUGCCUCGUGACGGCGCCCGGCGUGUGUACGCUGAGAUCAAGUUCACCCUGCGUGACUGCAACAGCAUGCCCGGUGUGCUGGGCACCUGCAAGGAGACCUUCAACCUCUACUACCUGGAGUCCGACCGUGAUCUGGGUGCCAGCACACAGGAAAACCAGUUCCUCAAAAUCGACACCAUCGCUGCAGAUGAGAGCUUCACAGGUGCCGACUUGGGUGUGCGCCGCCUCAAGCUCAACACAGAGGUGCGUGGCGUGGGCCCACUCAGCAAGCGUGGUUUCUACCUGGCCUUCCAAGACAUUGGGGCCUGCCUGGCCAUCCUGUCCCUCCGCAUUUACUACAAGAAGUGCCCCACCAUGGUGCGCAACCUGGCUGCCUUCUCAGAGGCAGUGACAGGAGCUGACUCAUCCUCACUGGUGGAAGUACGGGGCCAAUGUGUGAGGCACUCUGAGGAGCGGGACACACCCAAAAUGUACUGCAGCGCAGAGGGAGAGUGGCUGGUGCCCAUUGGCAAGUGUGUGUGCAGCGCUGGCUAUGAGGAGCGGCAGGAUGCCUGUGUAGCAUGUGAGCUGGGCUUCUACAAGUCGGCCCCUGGGGACCAACUCUGCGCCCACUGCCCACCUCACAGCCACUCUGCAGCCCCUGCUGCCCAGGCCUGCCACUGUGACCUCAGCUACUACCGUGCAGCUCUGGACCCUCCAUCUUCUGCCUGUACCCGGCCACCCUCAGCUCCUGUGAAUCUGAUCUCCAGUGUGAAUGGAACAUCUGUGACCCUGGAGUGGGCCCCUCCACUGGACCCAGGUGGCCGGAGUGACAUCACCUACAAUGCUGUGUGCCGCCGCUGCCCCUGGGCACUGGGCCACUGUGAGAAGUGCGGGGGUGGUACCCGCUUUGUGCCACAGCAGACCAGUCUGGUACAGGCCAGCCUGCUGGUGGCCAACCUGCUGGCCCACAUGAACUACUCCUUCUGGAUUGAGGCCGUGAAUGGCGUGUCUGACCUGAGUUCGGAGCCCCGCCGUGCCGCUGUGGUCAACAUCACCACGAACCAGGCAGCACCAUCCCAGGUGGUGGUCAUCCGCCAGGAGCAUGCAGGUCAGACCAGCGUCUCCCUGCUGUGGCAGGAGCCUGAGCAGCCCAAUGGCAUCAUCCUGGAGUACGAGAUCAAGUACUACGAGAAGGACAAGGAGAUGCAGAGUUACUCCACUCUCAAGGCUGUCACCACCAGAGCCACGGUUUCAGGCCUCAAGCCAGGCACCCGCUACGUGUUCCAGGUCCGAGCUCGCACCUCUGCGGGCUGCGGCCGCUUCAGCCAGGCAAUGGAGGUGGAGACCGGGAAAUCCCGGCCCCACUAUGACACCCGGACCAUUGUCUGGAUCUGCCUGACACUCAUUACAGGCCUGGUUGUGCUUCUGGUCCUGCUCAUCUGCAAGAAGAGGCACUGUGGCUACAGCAAGGCAUUCCAGGACUCGGAUGAGGAGAAGAUGCACUACCAGAAUGGACAGGCACCUCCACCCGUCUUCCUGCCCCUACAUCACCCCCCAGGGAAGAUCCCAGAGCCCCAGUUCUAUGCCGAACCUCACAACUAUGAGGAGCCAGGCAGGGCAGGCUGCAGUGUGACCCGAGAGAUCGAAGCCUCCAGGAUUCAUAUUGAGAAGAUCAUCGGCUCUGGGGAGUCUGGGGAAGUCUGCUAUGGGCGACUGAGGGUUCCUGGGCAACGGGAUGUGCCCGUGGCCAUCAAGGCCCUCAAAGCUGGCUACACAGAAAGGCAGCGGCAGGACUUUCUGAGCGAGGCAUCCAUCAUGGGCCAGUUUGACCACCCCAAUGUCAUCCGCCUUGAGGGAGUUGUCACCCGUGGCCACCUGGCAAUGAUUGUGACUGAGUACAUGGAGAAUGGCUCCCUGGAUGCCUUCCUGAGGACCCAUGAUGGACAGUUCACCAUCAUGCAGCUGGUGGGCAUGCUUCGGGGAGUGGGUGCCGGCAUGCGCUACCUCUCAGAUCUGGGCUACAUCCACCGUGACUUGGCUGCCCGCAAUGUCCUGGUGGAUGGCAACAUGGUUUGCAAGGUGUCAGACUUCGGACUCUCUCGGGUGCUGGAGGAUGAUCCUGAUGCUGCCUACACCACCACAGGAGGGAAGAUCCCCAUCCGCUGGACAGCCCCCGAGGCCAUCGCCUUCCGAACCUUCUCCUCUGCCAGCGAUGUGUGGAGCUUUGGCGUGGUCAUGUGGGAGGUGCUGGCCUAUGGAGAGAGGCCCUACUGGAACAUGACCAACCGUGAUGUCAUCAGCUCUGUGGAGGAGGGCUACCGCCUGCCUGCACCCAUGGGUUGUCCUCGUGCCCUGCACCAGCUCAUGCUCGACUGCUGGCACAAAGACCGGGCUCAGCGGCCUCGCUUUUCCCAGAUAGUCAGCGUCCUUGAUGCUCUCAUUCGAAGUCCUGAGAGUCUCAGGGCCACAGCCACUGUCAGCAGGUGCCCACCUCCAGCCUUUGCAAGGAGCUGCUUUGACCUCCGUGGGGGUGGUGGUGGAGGCCUCACCGUGGGGGACUGGCUGGACUCCAUCCGCAUGGGUCGAUACCGGGACCACUUUGCUGCAGGAGGAUACUCUUCUCUGGGCAUGGUGCUGCGAAUGAAUGCUCAGGAUGUUCGAGCCCUAGGCAUCACCCUCAUGGGGCACCAGAAGAAGAUCCUGGGCAGCAUCCAAACCAUGAGGGCCCAGCUGACCAGCACACAGGGACCCCGCAGGCACCUCUGACCCAGAUGAGCACUGCAGUCAUGUGAAGAUGUGUCAGACUGGCUCUGCUUGCUGCAGCCCUAGGUCUCUGCCUUUCCUUGCAGGCCCCAGGGAGGCCAGAGGCUUCACUGCAGGGCCUUAGGUUAUCAAGGGUCAGAGGGACUGAGACAAGGUUUUAGGUGACUGGCACAGUGGGGUCACUUGCCCCAGAGCAGAUGGACAUCUUUCUCAGUGCCACUGAGCCCAAUGGAUGAGCCGUCCAUCUGCCUCUGUGUAUGCAUGUGUGUGCACAUGUCUAUGUACUUGUAUGCACGCACCAGCUCAUGUGCUAUAGGAUAUGUUCCCAUGAGGUCAUG